GCAGUGGAUCGUGGAGCCGCCAUGCCGGAGCCGCGCGGGUCGUCACCCCUGCGGGUGAACGCGGCGUUCGCCGCGCGGUACGGCCGCUACCGGGAGCGCGAGGAGCUGCAGCGGCUGAAAGAUCGCUAUGGGGAUAGGGACAGCUGCGGCGACUCCAGCUCCGAGUCUGACUCCGGCGACGAGCGCGUGGAAUUUGACACUCAGCAGGAGCGUGACUUUUACAGGACCCUCUCCUUACUGAAGAAAAAGGAUCCGCGCAUCUAUCAGAAAGAUGCUACCUUCUAUCAGAGAACAGCAUCGCCCUCAGACAGGAAGGAGGAGCCAGCAGCUGAAGAGAAACAGAAGAAGGUGCAGCCCAUGUACCUGAAGGACUACGAGAGGAAGGUUAUCUUGGAGAAGGGAGGCAAAUAUGUCGAUGAGGAGAAUUCAGAGGGGGAGGCCUCCAAUCAGAGACUCCAGCAGACCUCAUCGAAAAGUUAUGUGGAAGAACAGAAACAGCUGAAGGAAAGCUUCCGGGCAUUUGUGGAGAGUGAGGACGAGGACAGUGCUGGGGAAGGCGGCUCCGGGCUACUGCAGAAACGCGCUAAAAGCAGAGAGCAGAAGGCCCAGGAGGAUGCUGAUUACAUCGAGUGGCUGAAGGGGCAGAAGGAGAUUCAGAACCCCGACACCCUGAAAGAACUGACUCACCUCAAGGAAUAUUGGAACAACCCAGAGCUGGAUGAGGGGGAGCGCUUCCUGCGGGAUUACAUCCUCAACAAACGCUACGAGGAGGAAGGAGAUGAGGAGGAAGAGGAGGAAGGAGAAGUGGUCCCUGGCCCCCCGGUCCAGCUGGCCGUGGACGACUCCUCAGACGAGGGUGAGCUGUUUCUGAAGAAACAGGAGGACUUUGAGCACAAGUACAACUUCCGCUUCGAGGAGCCAGACUCUGCCUCGGUCAAGACCUAUCCUCGGAACAUCACAUCCUCCGUGCGCCGAAAGGACGAGCGCAGGAAGGAGAGGAGGGAAGAGACGCGGGAGCGGAAGAGGAGAGAGAAAGCGAGGAAGCAGGAGGAACUCAAGCAGCUGAAGAACCUGAAGAGGAAGGAGAUUCUGGCCAAGCUGGAGAGGCUGCGGCAGGUCACAGGCAACGAGACACUGGGCUUUGAGGAGCAGGACCUCGAGGACGACUUUGACCCCGCCCAGCACGACCAGCUCAUGCAGAAGUGCUUCGGGGACAAGUACUACGGAACCAUGGAGGAGGAGAAGCCACAGUUUGAGGAAGAGGAAGGGCUUGAAGACGACUGGAACUGGGACACGUGGGCUGGGCCGGAGCAGGGUGGAGCUUGGUGCCAGCAGGAGCCACACUGCGAGGACCCCGACUUCAACAUGGAUGCCGACUAUGACCCCAGCCAGCCUCAGAAGCAGCAGCGCAAGGCUCCUUCGUUGGGCAAGAAGAAGCGAAAGUCGCCCUUCGCCACAGCCGUGGAGCAGGAGAAGCCUGUGUUUGACCCUGGGGACAAGACAUUCGAGGAGUACCUGGACGAGUAUUACCAGCUGGACUACGAGGACAUCAUCGAUGACCUGCCCUGUCGCUUCAAGUACCGCACGGUGGUGCCCUGCGACUUCGGGCUCAGCACCGAGGAGAUCCUCACUGCCGAUGACAAGGAGCUGAACCGAUGGUGCUCCCUGAAGAAGACCUGCAUGUACAGGUCGGAGCAGGAGGAGCUGCAGGACAGGAGGGCGUACAGCCAGAAGGCCCAGAACAUAUGGAAAAAGAGGCAGAUCUUCAAGUCACUCUGCCCAGAGGAGACAAAGAUGCCCACAGAAGCCACAGGGAAGCCACAGAGAGACAAAGCUAGCCCACAGGGGCAGCUGCUGGCACCCGAUGGGGCCUGUGGGAAGUGGUCCCAGCCUGACAGCCCCCCAGUACAGGAAGAGGCAGCCCCUGCGACACCCACCGAGAAACCGGCCCCCCAGAGGCAGAGGAGGGGCAAGAAGGCACGUCUCCUGGGCCCCACAGUAACACUUGGUGGAUGCGAGUUCAGCCACCAGAGACUGCAGGCCUUUGGCCUCAACCCCAAACGGCUGCACUUCCGCCAGCUGGGCCGGCAACGGAGGAAGCGGCAGGGGCCUAAGAGCCACCCCUGAGCUCAAGGGAGCCUGCAGGGGCCUUAGGGCUCCUCCCCUUCAAUCAAGCCC